AUGGAGGGUGAACCAAGGGAGAUGAAGCCCGGUUUUUAUACGGUUGAGUUGAAUCGAACUGUAUGGGCUGUGCCAGUAUACUAUCAAAACCUCACUCCAAUUGGUACAGGAGCAUAUGGAACCGUUUGUGCCGCCGAAUGUCUGCGAACGAACACACGUGUGGCUAUCAAGAAGUUCAAUCGUCCAUUUCAGUCGAUAAUACAUGCGAGGAGAACAUAUAGGUGA